UGCACAUCGCUGUCCUCUCUGGGGCCCGGCUGCUCAUCGCUGUCCCGCCCAUGGAGUCCGAGCUGCUGCAGUCUCCCCUCCUGGGGCUCGGGGAGGAGGAUGAGUCCGACCUGACGGACUGGAACUUGCCCCUGGCCUUCAUGAAGAAGAGGCACUGCGAGAAGAUCGAAGGCUCCAAGUCUUUGGCUCAGAGCUGGAGGAUGAAGGACCGGAUGAAGACUGUGAGUGUUGCCUUAGUUCUGUGCCUCAACGUGGGCGUGGAUCCCCCAGACGUGGUGAAAACGACGCCCUGUGCCCGCCUGGAGUGCUGGAUUGAUCCUCUGUCCAUGGGGCCUCAGAAAGCUCUGGAGACCAUCGGGGCCAACCUGCAGAAGCAGUAUGAGAACUGGCAGCCCAGGGCGCGGUACAAGCAGAGCCUGGACCCCACGGUGGACGAGGUGAAGAAGCUGUGCACGUCGCUGCGGCGCAACGCCAAGGAGGAGCGCGUGCUGUUCCACUACAACGGGCACGGCGUGCCCCGCCCCACCGUCAACGGCGAGAUCUGGGUCUUCAACAAGAACUACACCCAGUACAUCCCCCUGUCCAUCUACGACCUGCAGACCUGGAUGGGGAGCCCGUCCAUCUUCGUCUACGACUGCUCCAACGCCGGCCUCAUCGUCAAGUCCUUCAAGCAGUUUGCACUGCAGAGGGAGCAGGAGCUGGAGGUGGCUGCCAUCAACCCCAACCACCCCCUUGCCCAGAUGCCUCUGCCCCCCUCCAUGAAGAACUGCAUCCAGCUGGCAGCCUGUGAGGCCAACGAGCUGCUGCCCAUGAUCCCAGACCUGCCUGCAGACCUGUUCACCUCCUGCCUCACCACCCCCAUCAAGAUCGCCCUGCGCUGGUUCUGCAUGCAGAAGAGUGUCAGGCUGGUGCCAGGAGUCACGCUGGAUUUGAUAGAGAAGAUUCCUGGAAGGCUGAAUGACAGGAGAACUCCCCUGGGAGAGCUGAACUGGAUCUUCACAGCCAUCACAGACACCAUUGCCUGGAAUGUCCUGCCCAGAGAUCUCUUCCAGAAGCUCUUCAGGCAGGACCUGCUGGUGGCCAGUUUGUUCCGGAACUUCCUGCUGGCCGAGAGGAUCAUGAGGUCCUACAACUGCACCCCGGUCAGCAGCCCCCGGCUGCCCCCCACCUACAUGCACGCCAUGUGGCAAGCCUGGGACCUUGCUGUUGACAUUUGCCUUUCCCAGCUUCCCACCAUCAUCGAGGAGGGAACUGCCUUCAGGCACAGCCCCUUCUUCGCCGAGCAGCUCACGGCCUUCCAGGUGUGGCUGACCAUGGGUGUGGAGAACAGGAACCCCCCAGAGCAGCUGCCCAUCGUGCUGCAGGUGCUGCUCAGCCAGGUGCACCGGCUGCGAGCUCUGGACCUGCUGGGGAGGUUCCUGGACCUGGGGCCCUGGGCUGUGAGUCUGGCCCUCUCUGUUGGCAUUUUCCCCUACGUGCUGAAGCUGCUGCAGAGCUCAGCCCGUGAGCUGAGACCUCUGCUCGUGUUCAUCUGGGCCAAGAUCCUGGCAGUGGACAGUUCGUGCCAGGCUGACCUGGUGAAGGACAAUGGACACAAGUAUUUCCUCUCAGUCCUGGCAGACCCUUACAUGCCAGCUGAGCACAGGACCAUGACAGCCUUCAUCCUGGCUGUGAUUGUCAACAACUACAACACCGGGCAGGAAGCCUGCCUGCAGGGGAACCUGAUCGCGAUCUGCCUGGAGCAGCUGAACGAUCCCCACCCGCUCCUCAGGCAGUGGGUGGCCAUUUGCCUGGGGAGGAUCUGGCAGAACUUCGACUCGGCCAGGUGGUGUGGGGUGAGAGACAGCGCCCACGAGAAGCUCUACAGCCUCCUCUCAGACCCCAUCCCAGAGGUUCGCUGUGCUGCUGUCUUUGCCCUGGGCACCUUCGUGGGCAACUCGGCCGAGCGCACGGACCACUCGACCACCAUCGACCACAACGUGGCCAUGAUGCUGGCCCAGCUCAUCAACGAUGGCAGCCCCAUGGUCCGCAAGGAGCUGGUGGUGGCCCUCAGUCACCUGGUGGUUCAGUACGAGAGCAAUUUCUGCACCGUGGCCUUGCAGUUCAUAGAGGAGGAGAAGAAUUAUCCUCUGCCUUCUCCAGCUGCUCCAGCCCUGAGCGGCCCGUGCUGCCCGGCCGAGGCGGGCCCGGCCCCGCUGCGGGACACGCCCUGCACUCCGCGCCUUCGCUCCGUCAGCUCCUACGGCAACAUCCGCGCAGUCACCACCGCCCGCAGCCUCAACAAGUCCCUGCAGAACCUCAGCCUCAACGAGGAGUCUGGCAGCUCCGUGGCCUUCUCCCCUGGGAACCUGAGCACGAGCAGCAGUGCCAGCAGCACUCUGGGCAGCCCUGAGAACGAGGAGUACAUCCUGUCCUUCGAGACCAUCGACAAGAUGAGGAGAGUCAGCUCCUACUCCUCACUCAACUCCCUCAUAGGUGUGAGUUUCAACAGUGUUUAUACCCAAAUUUGGAGAGUGCUCCUUCACCUGGCUGCUGACCCCUAUCCUGAUGUGUCUGACCUGGCCAUGAAGGUUCUCAACAGCAUUGCCUACAAGGCCACGGUGAACGCUCGGCCCCAGCGCAUCCUGGACACCUCCUCGCUCACCCAGUCGGCCCCUGCCAGCCCCACCAACAAGGGCAUGCACAUCCACCAAGUGGGGGGGUCUCCUCCCACCAGCAGCACCAGCAGCUCCAGCCUGACCAGCGAGGUGCCCAAGCAGCCGGUGAGCCGGGAGCUGGCGGCCGCGCGCCCCGGCGGCGCCGUGGCUGUGCAGUACACCCCCCACUCCCACCAGUUCCCCAGGACCAGGAAAAUGUUUGACAAGGGCCCAGAGCAGACAGCUGACGAUGCUGAUGAUGCUGUGGGACACAAGAGCUUCAUCUCAGCCUCGGUGCAGACUGGUUUCUGUGACUGGAGUGCCAAGUACUUCGCCCAGCCCGUCAUGAAGAUCCCCGAGGAGCACGACCUGGAGAGCCAGAUCCGCAAGGAGCGCGAGUGGCGCUUCCUGCGCAACGCCCGCGUCAGGAAACAGGCGCAGAGAGUCAUCCAGAGGGGCAUCUCCCGGCUGGACGAUCAGAUCUUCCUCAACAGGAACCCAGGUGUGCCCUCCGUGGUGAAAUUCCACCCCUUCACCCCCUGCAUCGCUGUGGCUGACAAGGACAGCAUCUGUUUUUGGGACUGGGAGAAGGGGGAGAAGUUGGAUUAUUUCCACAACGGGAACCCUCGCUACACGCGGAUCACGGCCAUGGAGUACCUGAACGGGCAGGACUGCUCCCUGCUGCUCACUGCCACAGAUGAUGGUGCCAUCAGGGUGUGGAAGAACUUUGCAGACCUGGAGAAGAACCCAGAGAUGGUGACAGCCUGGCAGGGGCUGUCAGACAUGCUGCCAACCACACGAGGUCUGGCCCGAAGGGUGUCCAUUUACCUGGACAGGAGCAAGCAGGGAGGAGCAGGGAUGGUGGUGGACUGGGAGCAGGAAACCGGGCUGCUGAUGACCUCGGGGGACGUGAGGAUAAUCCGGAUCUGGGACACGGACCGGGAGAUGAAAGUGCAGGACAUCCCCACGGGAGCUGACAGCUGUGUCACCAGCCUGUCGUGUGACUCGCAGCGCUCUCUGAUCGUGGCGGGGCUGGGCGACGGCUCCAUCCGCGUGUUCGACAGGAGGAUGGCCCUCAGCGAGUGCCGGGUGAUGACGUACCGGGAGCACACGGCCUGGGUGGUGAAGGCUUACCUGCAGAAACACCCCGAGGGCAACAUCAUGAGCGUCAGUGUCAAUGGUGACGUUCGCUUCUUCGACCCGCGCAUGCCCGAGUCCAUGAAGGUGCUGCAGAUCGUCAAGGGGCUCACGGCCCUCGACAUCCACCCCCAGGCCAACCUGUUUGCAUGUGGCUCCAUGAACCAGUUCACUGCCAUCUACAACGGCAACGGGGAGCUGAUCAACAACAUCAAAUACUACGAUGGCUUCAUGGGACAGAGAGUGGGAGCCAUCAGCUGCCUGGCCUUCCAUCCUCACUGGCCCCACCUGGCCGUGGGCAGCAAUGAUUUCUACAUCUCGGUGUACUCGGUGGAGAAGAGGAUCAGAUGACGGAUCCGAUGCCGGAGCAGUGACGGCGCGGCCGGGCGGGGCCGGGCGGGGCCUCCUGUACAUAGAGAACCAUCGACUUGAAUGUUUCGUGUUGGCUGCUGCUGCACCCCAUAACUUGAACUUUUCUUCUGACUUAGCUACUGAUGGGUUUGACGAGGGGAAGAGACAAUCUCCUGGUUUUUGUUUUGUUCUGUUUUCCAGCUAUAUCCUCUAAAAGCUACAGAAAAGGAACAUUUAUUUUUGUUUCCAGUGGUUGGCUUCUCUGUCAGAAACACGGCUCCUGAGCUUGGAAGGACUUGGAUGAGGCAAUGCCCUUGAGAAGGGUCUUGUUUUAGUCUUUGUUCCUUGUUUUGCUGGAGUGUGGGUUCUUCAAGGACUGUCAGGACUCACCUACAGCUCCACGGGACCCUCCAGCUGCUGCCAACCCUGUGCCAAACCCAGUUCCUGGGACAGGGCAGCACGGGAUGUACCUGCCAGGGAGGCAGAGCAGCCUCUCCUCUGCAUGAACCUCCCUCCCUCCCUGCAGCACCCUCUCCACUGGAAGCAAGGACAGCCCCUGGGGACCUGGUGGCCUGGGCAGGCAGGGACCCUGCAGGAAGGGGCUCAGGGAGAGGCCAGAGCAGGGCAGGAUGUCCCACAGCACAGAGGAUGACGAGGGAAGAAAGGGAGCGAAGAUCUCCAACAUGCCAACGAGCCUGGAGCACGUCACUGGUGUCACACCUUCCUCCCAAGCCCUGGUGGGCAGCUGGGGGCACCUCAGGCCCUGCCCCUGCUGCUGCCACUGUCCCUGUGCCACAGGGAGCUCUGGCCCUGCCAGGGAGCCCCGGGCCUAGGGUGGGCUCUGUGUGCUCCCCGUGGCUGCUGUCAGCACUGGGGCACUGGAGCUGCUCACCACAGCUGGGGCUCACCUGCCCCUUUGGAACAGGCAUGGAAGCACCUGGGCACGGAGAAUUGCUGAGGAGGAGGAGGAGGGGAAGGAGGAAGGCGCCAGUCACUGCUCUGAGCCAAGCACCCUCGUCCCAGCUGCUCCAUCUUGCACCCUGCACGUGUCAGGAAUGAAUGUUCUGUCCCUUGGGGUCCGUGCUGGGGCUGGGGCUGCCUGUGGGAGGGUGUGAGCACAGCCCAAGGACAGGUUUCCUUCCUUGCAGAGGUGCAGGGCUCGCUGCAGUUCCCAGCUGGA